AUGUCUGAGGAAAUGGAUGUGUCAAAUGGAAGUCCUCCCAGCCUGGAAGAGUUGGAGCAGACUAAAGGAGCCAAGCCUGUAACCAUUGAUACCUCCUGCUGUGGUGAUAACAUCGACAUUUUGAAGAUAAUGAUGCCUUAUAUGAGAUGGAAACAAGUUGACCCAGGCUACCCCUGUGACAUCUACUGGCAUAACGACACCUUCCUCGAUCAAACCGGCAUCAUGUCUGGACAGGUCAACCGUUUUCCCGGAUCUCGAGAGAUCUGUCAGAAGGUUAAUCUCUGCCGAUGGCUUAUACAAAUGCAGUCUCUUUAUCCGGAGGAAUUCAACUUCAGUCCCAAAACGUAUCUACUACCGGAGCAGUAUGAAGAAUUCGCCGCUGAGGUAAGACCACGAACUUUGAACACAUACAUACAUACAUACAUAUUCCCCAGUUUCAAGUUUGACCUUCGUAUCCAUGCCGUCAUUCGGUCCGUCUCUCCCCUCGAGUUCUACAUCUGUGACGAGGGACAGGUCCGCUUGGCCACAGUGCCCUACACAAAACCUACAGCAGAGAAUAUCCACAUGACCACAAUGCACCUGACAAACUUCAUGGUCAACGCCAAAAGCCAGAGUUACGUGCUGUGCGAUGAGGACAACGAGGGUAGCCAACGCUUGGUCACCUCUGUGUUGAAAACGCUAGAGAAGGAGGGCUACGACACCAAGCUGUUGUGGCAGAACAUUGAGCUACUUGUUGCUAAGACGCUUACGGCAAUGGCGCCACAGAUGCUGGUUGACUACCACGCCGCCAUUCCAGAUGACCAGAAUGGACCUACGUGCUUCCAUAUUGUGGGUUUCGACAUUCUCCUACGAGACAACUUGGAGCCGGUGCUUCUUGAGGUGAACCACAACCCGAGCAUCAGAGUUUUUGACACAGUGAUGCGUCCCACUGGAAAGAUGGAGAAAGCGUUCGCUGUGAAGAGUUUUAACAUGAGAAGGAAGCUGCUCAGAGACACGAUGCUGCUCGUUACACCCAAGGGCAGAUAUUCAAGACCAAGGAGGAGGCCACAGCCACAGCAGGGAGAUACAGACAAGAAGGUGACAGGACCUUACACCCCAGACAACGUGGAAGUGGAGAAAAAUGAGGAAGGAGAAGACAAAAGCAGUCUGAUCCAGCUGGUGCCCAAGUUGUACGGCAAGCGACUGCAGCCGUGUAGGACACUGGAGAGAAUUGCUGAGAUCUUCAUCGCCUCCGUGCCGUCGACAGGUUCCGCGUACAUGAGCCGAUCUGAAUUCAAAGACUUUGUGAAGAAAUGUCAGUUGGACAAGAAUAUGAGUAGUUCAGAAGUCGAUAAGUUCUUCUGCGCCACUGAACAAGCCAAUCUCCACCUGAAUCCUAAAGGAACGUCUGGUCUCAGCUUCUUCGCCUUCGUCUCCGCCUGUACCGAGGUGGCUGCUGCUGAAUAUCCAAGCCUUUCCAGUGCAGAACAGUUGUCCAGCUUUGCAGAGAACUGCGAACGAUUGUUGGGUCUUCCGGGACUCAAAACGGGCACAUUCUCCAAUGGAUCAUUCACCCCAGACCGUUAAGACGUUCGGCAAAAUUGAUAAAUGUUUUCUGAGGUUUUGAAAAUCAACACUAAGCAGUUUCAUAGCACUUCUUUCCAUGAUAUCUCAUGUAGUUGUUGAAAAACGCACGUUCAAACGUCAAAGAUAAAUAAGCCUUGAUAAUGGAUUACGAAAGCCACGACUUAGUCCUCUCUCUUCUCUCUCCACUUCUCACUGACUGACUGACUCACU